GCUACCUUGACCCGUCAAGUACAGUAACGUCGCUACUUCUACAAAACCUCCAGAUUCUAGCUACCAGUAUUAGUCGUAUAUAACACCCUACUUUCACUCAUUUUCAAGUUUACCGCACUCCUGGAAACGAACAGGUAACGAAUCAUCCCGAAACCGGUGUCAAGGCGCGGCCUGUCAGGUGCAACUGACGGUGCUCGGUUCAAAAACUCCUUCAUAAUCGCCUUCGAUGGUUCGCCAGCAGACGCAUUUCUUUUCAUUCGGACCUUCAUUUAUGCAAAGAAUGCGAACUCUUGCAGACCUUGCACUAAGGCGAUUCGGAAUACAUUGUGCAACACACCAAGUUCGUCUCAUCCUUAUCUCGGCGAUUGUCAUCACAUCCUUGUCCUACCCUGCACUUGCCAUAUACUGGUCGACCCCAUCUUACUCGCGCUUUGAUUCUACAUCGAAUGCACUCGAUUCUUUCCUCGCUGCCCAUGCGGUAUAUGAUGGCUACACACAAAGUGACAUACUUCAACUUUGGGAUGAAAAUGCCAACCUUCAAGUACGAGACGACUUCCUCACACGAGCACGCUGCGGAAGUGACCGUACACUUCGUGUUGAACGCAUUCUCAUCAAUACAGCUGAUGGAACAGAGGUGCUUUCCCUACAGCCUUUGCUUUACACCCUUCAACUAGAAGGACGGAUCCUCCAAGGACUUCUGAAUCAUGGAGUCCCUUGCAACAACCUGAACUCGCGUCACUGUUUUGUUAUCAGUCCUCUUUCCUUUUGGGAGCACGAUGAGGAACGUUUGCGUAGUGAUAGGAACAUCUCCCUGACAGCUACUCGUUCUAAAGGCGUCACAGUUGCGGGUAUGCAUGUAACACCGCCGAUGGUCCUUGCAGGUCGCGAUUCCACACAACAUAGUUCUGAUACCCCUGACUCUGCAAUGUUCCUGGCACUUACCUAUAUAUUCCCUGAGACGGAUUGUUUGAGCAGUGCCGGCCAUGAUCUAUGGCUACAAAUUAUCAAGAACUCGACACAAGAGAGCCCAGAAAGUGCGCAAAUGUUUGCGGUGACUUCGGAACCGAAGCUAAUCGCGCUGGAGUACAACCAUAGCUUAUCCGUGACCACGGGAACUUCAUCUAUUUCAACAUUCUUAUACCUUGCGUAUGGUGCAUUUUUUGCAUAUGUCUCGUGGUCGAUGAAGCGCAUGAACGGUGUGCACACCCGUAUCGGUCUCACUUUCACGGCACUCGUUGAGAUUGCGGCAAGUACAAUCACCAGUCUGAGCGUAUGCGCAUUGCUACGAUUUAAAGUGACCAUGGUUCCCUGGAGUCUUCUUCCUAUCGUUAUCGUCUUCGUUGGUGCAGAAAAUAUGUUUAAUCUCGUGGAUGCGGUGACCCGCACAUCUAUCACACUCCCUGUCAAAGAGCGCAUCGCUGAGGGUCUGAGCCGUGCUGGAACCUCUAAUACACUCAAAGUCGUAUCAUAUAACUCCAUCCUGGGCGUUAUUGCCUUUUCCUCUGCUGGUGCAAUUAGGCAAUUUUGCACCUUUGCUGUGGUGGUCCUCGUUGCACAUUGGUUCCUUGCGCAUACAUUCUUCUUGGCGGUACUUAGUAUUGAUAUACAAAGGCUGGAGCUUAAUCAAUUGCUGAGACAAGACCCGAGCAUAGCACCCGCUGCGUCUGCUUCGACUCGUGACACCUCACUAGAGAAAAAUACGUCUAAUUGGCAACGAGCCACGCUCAAUGCAAAAGAAUCACUCAAAGGCCGUGCAUUGACAAAUAUUAGCCUGUUACUGCUCCUUGCAAUCACUGCAACACUGUAUGUUAUGACAAGACCUGCUACUCGUGAGAACGAGGCAGGAUUCAUCAUUCCUUCCACCGUUCAGCAACGUAUACAAGCAGCUCACCGUCGCCCAGAUUCGCAAGAUCCUGCCUGGCAUAUUUGGAAGACGCUCAAUCCUGAUGAAGAGCCACUAGUUCAUCUCCGUCUUGAAGUCCCGACCAUUGUCGCGAUUCAAUCUGAGACAUGGGAAGAACAUGAUUAUAAGCAUUCCCCUAUGCCUGCGCGUCGCACCAACCUCGUUUUCUGGCUCUUUGAGUUCGUCAUCCUGCCAAUUAGCGUGACGAUUGCCACGCUUUAUGGACUGCUACUAUACCUGCUGAAAGAUGCCGAGCUACUCGAGGCACAGCGGAAUCGUGCAGAGGCUGAUGCACCAUCCCCCAGGGGUGAAAAGCCACUGAACGGAGAAGCCUCUUUCAAGACACUACCGCGCGCUUUCCCGACCGAUGUCGAGCUGCUUGCAUCAAGCAAAGACGGCGAAGUGAUAGCUGCAGUUGGAUUGCAGAAUGAACUCAGCAUAUGGCACUUCAAUGAUCCGAAUCCUGUCCUCAUCGAUACAAGUGACGUUUUGCUUAGUACAGGCGGCACAUCAUUUUCGCAGGAGGGAAUAGCUGCAAUCGCCUUAGAUGACGCAGGAGAGUAUUGUGCUAUAGGGACAACGCAUGGUACGAUUGGGAUAUGGUUCAUGGCGGGGAGGAGCGCAAGACCAUAUGCGACCCUUGCGCCGCCCUCGAUCCCAGCAGGAAUUAGGGAAAUGCAUUUCGCGCCACCGCUCCAAUCAGUGUUGAAGCAGAAGAACGGGCCGCAAUCUCGCCCGUGUACACCUCCGCCAGGUCCUCCUCAGCCAGAGCCCCUCAUUGUCGUGUAUGAGAAUGGAGUCAUUGCUCAAUGGGUCAUAGACGACCACACGUCGGUAUCAUUCAUCUCUCCAAUGUCGUCUGAGCCCAUCUUGCAGAGCCGCCUUCUACGUGUACGCUCAGAUGACCGGAUAUUGGCGGCAUUCGUGUUGGCAGAUGGGUCUCUGGAGCUACUCGGCGUAUGUGAAGCUCGUAGUGCUGUGCCAAUCCGCUGUGCGCUGCAAUCAGGCAAUCCAACAGACCGUGUCAGCAAGGUGGAUGCGUGUAAAGUCAGGUUAGAUGGCAGGGAUCAUAUAAUUAUUGGCAUCGUUUCAGAAGCUGGCGUUAUUUCCUUAUGGGACGCUGGGUCUUCUGAAUGUAUCCUCAUCCUGGAGGAGAAUCAUGGCGCUAUCGACCAACUGCGGAUAUCAAACUCUCGUGUCAUGAAUUGCCAGUUCUGUGGCGAACCGCCCAUGGACAGCUUUAUGGUCUCUGUCUCAAUUGGGCAUCAUGUAAUAUUCUAUAAAGUUUACAUCACAUCGCAGGGAAGGAGAUGUACGUGUCCUCAAAACAAUCCACAACAGUCGGCCAUCCUGGAGCUGGCUACGGGCCGGCGCUCACGGAGUAGCAGCAUAGCCUCAACUAUAGGGCCAUCCUCGGUGACAUCCACACGGAGGUUAUCCUCUGCUAGCACCGCCUCUGCACCAGACACCUCAGCAUUUCCUGUUUCUGGCCAUGGGAUUCUAUCCCGCAGAGCCUCAGAAAAGGGACUCCGUCGCCUCUCGGAGAGCUACGUCCUACCCUAUCUACCAGAUGAGGAUGACGAAGGAUAUUCCAUCCCCAUCGACCCACCAAUAGUAUCACGUCCAUCAACGUGGUCCAACGUCGCCGUUCUAAGAGCGGGCGAGGCAGGGUGCGAGCGGGGGGGCUGGGAUAUUUCAGGUGAAAAAAUAAUAGGCGUUCGUCGCAUAUCCCGGGCGCACACAAAAGGCUCACUCCAGCUUUCACUUUCAUCGACAUCGCGUGGACUGACAUCCGCGGUUCUGGACCGGUGGGAGGUCUGGUUGUUCGAUACUGGUGUCUCAAAGACACGAAUUGCUGCUAUGUCGAGCCUAACUGACGAACUCCCUCUUUGUGUCCGUCGGUCCUUCCUCCCUUCGAUGUACCUCAGUCAGCCACCCUCACCGACUGCGAUGGCAGAAGAGUACCCCCGCAUUCCAUUCACGAGAGUGUCACCCUUCCUUGCGAUCCGUGGAGUUGCGAUGGCAGGCUUUGGGAAUACUGUUGGGCUCUUCCUUGUUUCAUGAUAUUUAUUGCAUAUGGAUAUCUUUACAUGGUGCGUUUGUAGGGGAUGUUCGCUAUCGAGGUGCAUUUUGUUUUAUCUACCGUAGCUCUUGUUGUGAUAGGAUCCGGCUGGGUCUUGUAUA